GCUCGGCCGUCAGUCGCGUUUAGUUUGGUUUGCUAUGCCACAGUCCGCUUUUGUAAUAUUGUUUUUUGUGAUCUAAUGUUUACAUUACUGACAGUUUUGAUGGAAACUGUGGUUUGAGUGAAAAUAUCAUCAUCAGUGAUUCGGUGAAUUACUGUUUUUCACAUGGAUUGAGUGACGAUGUUACCACCUACGGCCGGUAUAGCGCAGGAACAACGUGACCGGACCGAAAUGGCGUACCAACAACGACGCGACGUAAGGGAAAUCACUCGGGAGAUCAUCAGGGAAGCUCAUGUAUCAAACAGAGGAUCCAUGUCACCUGGAGCUCGGGACAGGUUCCCGUCGACGUCGUCAACAGAUGACAAUGAAUCCGGUACGGACGGCGAGCUCGACAGGUCCCGGAAAUCGGGGAUGUCGCACGCGCACACAUUACCACCGAUGGGUAUGAUAGUGCGCAAGCGGCGCGGCAAUCUGCCAAAGCACUCGGUGAAGAUCCUCAAGCGGUGGCUGUACGAGCACCGCUACAACGCGUACCCGAGCGACGCGGAGAAGCUAACACUCAGCCAGGAGGCAAACUUGACUGUGCUCCAGGUAUGCAACUGGUUCAUCAACGCGCGGCGUCGAAUCCUGCCCGAGAUGAUCCGGCGCGAGGGUCACGACCCUCUGCACUACACGAUCUCCCGGCGCGGCCGUAAGCAGCUUGGCUCAGGGGGCGGGGCUUCCGGCAGCGGCGUCGUCGUCACCGAGUGGGACGGCGAGGGAGAAGGCGAGGGCGAGGGUGAGGCGGGCGGCGAGCACGACUACAGCGACGGGCUGCUGGUGUACCGCAGCGACGGAGACGACAUCGGCGACGCGGAGGAGGGCUACUCGUCCAGCGCUGUCAGCGAGGAGGAGGUCAAGUACGACCCCUCCGUGUGGCAGUCCGUCAUCCGCUACGAAGACCGCGAUGUGCACCCGGCCGCUAGGGGGUCCGCGGCGGUGGUCACAGUGCGCACGGCGGAGGGCGAGGUGGAAGGCGAAGCGGAGGGUUCGGGUGGCGCGGGUGGCUGGCACCCGCAAUUGGCGCACCUGCCACAGCUGCCGCACCCGCUGCGCCGCAAACUACAGGUGGUGGGCGCGCACGGCGAGGGCGAACGGGACAAGUUCAAGUGUUUGUACCUGCUGGUUGAGACCGCGGUGGCCGUGCGCCAGCGUGAGAAAGAGCAAGAGGAGGUGCCCGUCUAGUUCGCGCGGCGCUCAAGAGUUGAUACACGAACGUGACAUCACUUCGUGACAAGGAAUCCUUCGGUAUGCUGUCUCCCGUUAUUUCCGUUAAAGUACGCACACACUUGUACUUGGACGCACCGCGAUUGUGUUUCUAACCAACAUACUAUGCGACUACCUUUAUCGAAUACUCCAUAGCGUACCGUUGUAUACUGUAGUCAUAUAAUAAUUAUGAUUAAUAUUUUUUUGAGCUAUGGAUGGGACUAUUAAUAUGGUUACGUAUACGUUUCUUUAAGUUUUGUUUUUAGUGAAAUUUUCAUAAUAGCUACUCUGUAGUUUGUAAAAUAGACACCUAAGUUACGGAAUAAUAUCGUGUUUGAACUAUUCCGCCGCAUUUAAUGUCGCAAUGAUAAUAUUCUAUAGAUGUACUAUUUGGCUACUGUGAAAGACCAGAGCACCUAGUGUAACAUUUUCUAGAACACCAUCUUAUAUACUGUUUCCCAGUAUAGAAACUAGAUGGCGUUUUUUGGAUUUCAUACAAAUCGUGGUCAACUACCACGCGAUUCACGCCUGAAUCAGUUACACUAGGGACCUGUUAAAGAUUUUCUUUUUCGUCUGGCUUUACACAGAUUAGCCAAUGUCAGGUAAAAGUGAUAGAUACCGCUGCCGUGCCGCGUUCCGCGCACUUGCUUUUAAGUGUUUCUUAAUGCACCAAAUUAAUAUUUUGAUUUAUUUUUACUUAUUAAUCGAUGUAGCUAUUUGGUGGCUUUCAUUAUGCGAAUGAAAAUCCACUGUUUAUAAUAUAAGCAUAGUUUUCGGUGUCCAUUAUAUUUAUAUUGUUACACACACUAUGGUUAUAUUGUAAGUAAACGUAGGCAUAAAAAAUAUGGGGCAUUCGGAAUUUAUGGAGUAGCCAUUAUGAAUAUUCACUCAAAUACUUGUGUAUAAAAAAAAAUUGGACGGAUUUGUUUUAUGUUAUAAUAAAAUAAUUAUUUUUAAUAUA